AAACUUGGCAUCAUUAAUAAUUGGCCCCCAAUGAAAGUCAUACAACCCAAGAAACCUAAACUCAACUAUUUAUCUUACGGUGGAGUAGUUCCUUUUCGUACAAACUGUCCUUAUACCUAUUUACCACUUUCCUACUCUCCCGUGAGUUGGAGUCGUGAGCUGCUUCACCCUCGAAAACGUAAGCAGUUUAUGGACUUUUGCUUAUUUACACACUUGUUGCACCGACUGUCCACAACCGGUUCUAUUCCACAGUGUAUUUAUGACCCACACGAUGAGGUACAACUGGAUAGUGCCCUUUUCGAAUUGAACCAAUACAAACUUUAUCAAAAGUCCUUGGAACAGAGCAAAGAAGAAAAGAUGGAAGAAACGAGUCUUAAUGUUGAGUCACAAGAGAGUGAAGAAGAAGGUCCAGAGUAUAGCGAAGAGUCUUCACGUACCGACUCUAGAGGUGACCACCCUAGUUUAAGAAGAACGAGUGGGAGGAAAAGAACACGAACUUUUGAAGAUUAAGGUGUACUCUUAAGAUAUACUGGU